GCUGCGGAUUCGACUCUGUGGUGUGCGUUGAAGCUUGCUACUAGAGGGGCGAUCCUAGUGGGGGAUCAAUACCAACUGCCACCUGUUGUGAAAGACAGGAAGUGUCGUGAGGAGGGUAUGUCGGAGACAUUCUUCGCACGUUGUGCCCGGGAUGUGGCUUCGAUAGAGCUGACGGCCCAGUAUAGAAUGUGUCGGGGUAUUCAGCGCUUUGUCAAUGAACUAUUUUAUGAGGGAAAGUUGAAGUGUGGCAGUCGAGAAAUUGAAAAUGCCAAGAUGCCGGUGA